UUUAAUGGGCAAGUUGUAAGUGAAGUAUUUUAAACUGUCAACAAUCUAGAACGUUUUUCUCUGAACAAAUAUCAAGGUGGCUAGUUUGUAAACUUUCAUGAAGUAGCAUGGCUGAAAGACCAGAAGAUUUAAAUUUGCCCAAUGCAGUGGUCGUCCGAAUAAUUAAAGAUGCACUCCCGGAAGGUGUCAAUGUUUCCAAGGAAGCCAGGCUAGCUAUAUCUAAAGCUGCCAGUGUAUUUGUUCUCUAUGCUACAUCUUGUUCCAAAAACUUUGCUGUAAAAAACAAACGAAAAACAAUCAACGCCCAGGAUGUAUUAAGUGCUAUGGAAGACAUGGAGUUUGAGCAGUUUAUUGAACCUUUGCAGCAGUGCCAAGAAGCUUUCCGCUUGGAGAAAUCUGAGAAAAAGAAAGACAAAGCACCCAAGCCAGCUCCAGCUGCCCCAGAGAUCAUAGAGGACAGUGACAAGGACGUGGAGGAAGUCAGUGAUGAAGAUGACACAGCAGCUGGCCAGUUGAAAAGCGCAGACUUUGAAAUCACAUUAAACAACGACACCAGUGAGAGCAGCCCAUAAAUUGUGGAGGAUGUGGAUGAUUGA